AUGUGUAUUGACCUCGUUGGUGUACACUACAUCAGGAAAGUGCAUUACUUCGGCAGAAAGCUUAAAGGUGCAGAUUUGAUGCAGUACCUACGGCGUAAGAAGCUACUCGAAAAGCGAGUAGCAUUUGCUCAACAAGCAGCCGAAAUUAUUGAAAUGUACAUGAAGGUUGCCGCGGAAAUUAAACAGGCUCAAAGCGUUGCUGCAAAUCAUGCGGAAAUACUUCCGCCUGAACCACCGAGUCCGGGGACCAUAGACGUUGAGGAAGAACCUGUGCAAGAAGAGCAACUCUAUUUCUCUCGCCGGUUCUCCGUGACGUCUCAAACGCCGUCUGGACCAAGCUGGGCGGCUUCUGUCUCAACUAGCAGUUCUACAGGGGCGCACUCUGCGUUUGUCUUUUCACUGAUGGAAAUGAUCUACCAAAAACGAGAACCUCUAGUCGUAUCGUCCAUGCGCAACCUGGAAUGCGUUCUAAGGCCUCCUGUACAAAGACGCCAGUCUUGCCCUGCAACUGCCUUUGCGAACCUGCCUCCCUUCAAAGAACCGGCUGUUGAAGUGGUCAAAGAACCCACUCUGCCUGACGAAGCCGGAACAAGUGUUUCGGAAUCAGUCUCAUCACUGAUGGACAUAAACGAAUUGUCAUCAGAUUCCGGUGCCAUUGGUGAAAUUGAUGAAGCGCUGGAUCCAAAGCAGGCCCUUAAAAACUUGAUGCAGUACCCUUACAGAAGUCUUUCCACUGAGCUGCCUCUUGUGGUAACCGAAAAUCAGUGCUUUGCAUUGAAUGGUAUAAAAGUCAAGGUAAAGUAA